ACUGAAAUUCCAGAAUCGGCGAGUCAACCCACCGAUUCAAAGCUCCGUGAAUUGGUUUUGUUACUUUCAUGGUCACAGUCGAGCUAAUCUGCUAUUCAAAAUACAGACGGCCCCAGAAGGUUGUUCUGCUUCGAGCUUCAGCUUACGCGAUCUGUGAACCCCUCAAGGCUCUUUUCUUCAGGUGAGUAAAAUUCCACUCAUCUUUUUCACUUCGCUGGAAACUUAACAAAAUUAUGUACAACUCUUAUGUCAGCUCAGCUGUAUAUUCCAUUCGGAGUAAAGGGCCUCUUUCCCAUUGCUUUAAUGAGCGCCCCAUCUUCUUAAAUGAAAGAUGUAAUGGAAACCCAUUGAAUCUUCCAUCGUCAUCAUGUUGUUCUUGUUGUGUUUGUUAUACAUUUCCAACCCACAGAGUGCCUAUAGGGUCUAGUAUUUUCUAUGGGCCGAGGCAAUCCACCCUGCUUCAAUGGUCGAUAUCUAGGAGAUUGAUGAUGGGUGGCCGAAACCGGUUCUGUUACACGCUUCCGGAAUAUGGGCGAGUUCUGGAUUGUUAUGAGGUUCCUUUUUCUGUAAGUGAUGGUAGGACUUGUCAUUGUAGUGAGGGAAGGAGAUAUAGAAGGUGUUGUAUGGUUUCUGAUAGUGAUUGUGAAUUUGACAAAUCGGAUGGAUUUGAUGAAGAGGACAUUGCUGAGGCAAUGAUCAGUUUGAUAAGGGAGGGUUUUGGAAGCCAGGAAAAAAUUAAGUCAUCUAAGAGAGUAGAAGUGGGAAACCAAAGAAAAUGCGAAGUGAAGGAGAGGAAUUUAAGUUCAUUGAGACGAGUAGGACUGGAGAAAAAGGUGAGAAGAGGUGUCGAGGAGAAAAUGGUAAGUUCAAUUGAAAAGAUAAGAGUAGAUAGGAAAAGAGAGAGUAACCACCAGCGAGACAGAGAAGAGAGGAAAAACAAUGAGUUUGGUUCUUUAAAUAGUAAAUGUAAUAAUAAAGUCGGAUCAAUAGCAGUUGAGUUGAGGAAAGAUGGAUAUGGAUUGAUUGGUGAUCAAUUAGUUCAUUCAAGAGCUGAUAGGCAGAGUUUAAGAAAAGAAGGGUCCACUUGUUCAUCUUAUUAUUCACUCUCCUCCUCUGGGGAUAUUGAGAGUGAUGCUGAAGUUGAAGACAAGAAGGUACAAUUUGUUGAAGAAUCAUCCAGUGGGUACAGAUACGACUCUCCGAGUGAUGUGGGGGAAAAGUUAGAUGGGCAGGUCAAGGAAGCAUUCAAGAGGCAAGCAGACGAUGAGAGGGGACGAGAAGAGGAAACAGUAGUCCAUGAUACUACAGUUGGGAAUAAUGCCAAUUGGCACUUGAAGAAGAACUCAGAGAAUAAACUUUCUGAAACAUCAACAACAGUAACAUACUCCACAAGUGGAACCUCUGAGAUGAACUCAAGAUUGUCAAGGGCCAGGGAUAGUGGUUCCGUAGGUACUUCAAGCACGAAGCAGUUUGUUGACAAGGGAGAGGAAUUGAAAAAAGCUGCGACUAUGAAUGAGGAAUCAAAACAAUAUGAUGCAUCAGGUAAGAAAGUGGGUGGUGUGUUUAUAAAUGAAAGGAAAAAACUUGCAGAAGUAUCAGAAAUAAGCCACAAUAGUGCAGAAGAAAUUUCUCGUUCUCAUAAAAGACUAACCAUUAAGAAUGAAAACCUAGAAUUCGAUGCAAAUCUAAUCUCAAAAGCAAGCAACAAUAAUCAUGGAACUGGCCGUCCUGUCCUUCAAGAAAAAAGUUCAAGACGAAUUUCGUCAUUUCAACAACUUUUGGGAGUUUCAGAAAAUAGAAAAACUGAGAGAGAAAGAAUCUCUAUCUCUCAUCAGACAAGCCAGUCUGAUGCAAGUGAAAGUACAGGUCUCCAUGUAUCUUCUAAUCAAGAGGUUGAAGAAGAAUAUCAUCAAAUAGAAAAUCCUCCCACUGGAGAAGUGGAUUCGAGACAAAAAUUUCUUCAUCUUGGUGUUAUAUCAGUAAUCAAAGAAGGUAAUACCAACACCUCCAUUUCAAGUUCUGAAAUUAGAACACAAAAUGAGGAACAAAAUGUAGCAUUGGUUAAAGCAUCAAAUUUUGUGGCUAAAGACAUAAAGUCUUCGACAGAUCAGAAAGCUUCUCAGAGAGUUAUUUCCAGAAAAGGUUCCCGAGAUGGCUCUAACAUUUCAGUGGUUCAUGGCACUACACAUUCUGAAAAAACAUUUGAAAAUAGAAUCUCCAAGCAAGAAACUAAUAAAUCAGUAGUGGAAAAAACUGUCAAGGAAACCAUAAUAAGACAUGGUCAAAAUAAUGAUCGUGUGGUGCAAACUGAAUCAGAAAAAGAGUCUAAAAAUCAUGUACAGAAACCAAAAGUUCAAGGAUCCAUUAAUUUAAGUUCUCAAAGUAGUUAUCAAGGGAUUGGUGUGAAUAUUGAUGAAAAUAAAAGGUCACAGGCAGUAUUAGUGCCUCCUCCAUCCCAGCUUGCAGCUAGAGAUUCACUGCGAAUAGAUUCUACUAGCGAAAUGGGAAGCCAAGUAGUUUCCAGAAGAACAUCAGGAAGCAGUUCAGGUGCUUCUUACAUGCAGUCAGGAGGAAGUCCAGCUUUGGACCCUAAAUCCUACCAAGGAGGUAGGGCAGAUGAGAGUCUUGAGGAACCUGUGUACGUUAUCACUCCUGAUGAUACUCUAGGUUCAGCUGACCGUUUAGAGAGAUCAUCUGCACAGUUUGUUGGUGAGUUCAUGGAGAAGUCCAGAAAUGAACUCUUAAUUUCUGAAACCCAUACAGAGAGAAAUACCUCUGAGGUUGAUUUACUACAUGAAGAGAAGCAUGGAGAAAGUGAUUUGGUAGAUUAUCAAGGGAAGGACCAUGACUCAAGGCGCUCAUCUGGGAGUUCUGGAACCAAGGGUCCUUCUGAUGAAAUGUGGCAUGUAAUGGACUCGACUACCGAGCAGCCUCCCAAAAGUGAUGAUCCUGAGAUUAGUGCACACAGUGAGAAUGCAAUUGUCAAGAGAAGUGGCAAAUCCUUGUGGAAUGUCAUUUCAGACAUAGUCCGUCUCCGUUGGAACUCACGCACUGAAACCUCUGAGUCAGCUUUAAGAUCAGGUGGAAGAAAUUCACCAAACGAGUCUGUUAGUAAUGAAACAUGGUUUUCUGGCCGUGAACAUGAGGAGAGCGACAAUACAAAAAUGGGAAGAACCACAGUUUCUGAAUUCACUUCAUUGGAUCAGUUGGAAGAACCAAAUCCUUCUGCCCAAGGCCAAGAUUUAUCUGAUGAUAAGAAAGUGAAAAGCAAAUACUAUGAAGUAGAUACUCCAUCUUCCCCAAAUACAGUGGAACCCAACCCAUCAGGUGGGACUUUGUUGGUUUCUGGAGAAGCGAUUUUAACAGACGGUACGAAGGUUGAUGUUAUUUCUUCUGGUUUGGAUAUAGAACCGUCAUCCUUACCACUGUCUACCCAAGGCAUAAAACGAUCUCCCAUGAUUCAAGAAAUGUCUCAUAGUAGUAAAACCGAUGCCUUUGCAAGCAGCUCUACAGAUCAGUUGGGGAAUUCUUUUAAUGCUAAAUUAUCAGAGACAUCAACAACUGGAACCAAGGAUGGGGAAGUGAAACAAAGGAAGCUUCAAAGAAACAAGCAAGUUCUAAAGGAUCGGUUUGAUGAAUGGGAAGAAGCAUACUUACUUGAAACUGAGCAGCGAAAAAUUGAUGAAAUGUUUAUGAGGGAAGCUCUAGCUGAAGCCAAGAAGGCUGCUGAUACUUGGGAAGUGCCUGUUGGAGCAGUGUUGGUGAAACAUGGUAAAAUUAUUGCUCGUGGCUGCAACCUGGUCGAAGAGUUGCGAGAUUCUACAGCCCAUGCCGAAAUGAUUUGUAUUCGUGAGGCUUCGAAGCAAUUAAAGACAUGGAGGCUUGCUGAGACAACUCUCUACGUGACACUUGAGCCAUGCCCUAUGUGUGCUGGAGCGAUACUACAGGCACGAAUCGAGAAUCUUGUUUGGGGAGCACCAAACAAGCUUCUUGGAGCUGAUGGUAGCUGGAUCAGACUUUUUCCCUAUGGUGGAGAGGGAAAUAUCUCAGAACAGUCCGAUAAGCCUUCUGCACCCGUCCACCCAUUCCACCCAAAGAUGACUAUCCGACGAGGUGUAUUGGCAUCAGAAUGUGCAGAUGUAAUGCAACAAUUCUUUCAGCUAAGGAGAAGAAAGAAGCAAAAGAAAGAAAACACUGCACCUCUAGCCAUUGCCCAUCAUCCAUCUAAAUUUCUUACUAGGAUGCAUAAUAUUUUCCAUAUAUUGUUCUGUUUGUAAUGGAAUGAGACGAUCAGAGUGCAUAUGUUGAUUUGUACCUAACAAUAAGCAAGCAAGUAGUAAAUCAAUCGUUCCUUUUUCUGGAGUUCAA